AUGGCUGCCAUUCAAAAGAUGUCGGCAGCAAAGCUGGCGAGCCUGAAGCAUGGCCCAACGAUCAACAUCCUGUUUCGAGAGAACGAUACUACCGACCUGGCGAUGUUGCGCGAAGGGUUUCCCAAGCAGGUUGCUACUACCUUCUCUGCUCUGUGCCGGCAGACCUUUCCAGCACUUGCAGGAACAUCUAUGGCAGAUAUUUCCAAGUCUCCAGCCAACUCAGUCACAAUCAUCGGUGGUCGUGUUGAUGCUCACAAGGCUGUACUUUCAUGGAUGCUGGCAUGUUGUGAAGGCAGAGGCAUGCGGCCGUUUCCAUACAUCCACCGUCGUCGAUUCUGGCAUUAUGCUCAUGCUCUGGAGUCUGCGGAGAUACUGCAAAUUGACAUUCUCUGCGAGGAGCUCUGGGGACGUAUGAAGGACAUUGCAAAGUUGCAGGUGCAUACAGAGGACAUCCAUGCUGUAUACUCGACAACAGAGAAGGGAUAUCCGAUCAGAGGUAUGAUAGCUGAGAGCAUCGGCAGAGCUCUCCUUGAACGUCGUCUUGCUGCUAGACCCGCAUACAACAUGCUACGUCAAGAUCCACAGCUCAAAGACUUCGACGAGGAUGUCAACCAGGCCAUUGCGCGCUUGAAGAAAGAGUAUGCCGAAAGCGAGCAAGGCAGAGCAGCGCGUGCCGAACACCAGGCUGCGAGAAAGGCGGCAAAGGAAGCCGCCCAACAACGCUUCCAACGACGUCGGAACAAUCCCCAAAAGAUGACCACCGCCGAGGUGGCUCAGCACCUCGAUGUUCCCACCGAAUCUGUCAAGUCUGAGGACGACGGUACCUUCAAGGUCACUGUAUCAACUGAGAUCAUUCGCAAGGGCCGAAAUGGACGUGGUCAAUAUGUUGCUCUCCCUCUCCGUCAGGCUGGUGUCACAGCCGAAGCAUAUCGACCUGCUGUCUCCGAAGCUGCGCCGCCUAUUGCAAAGCGUGCUACGGCGGAGAAGCCUACUGAACGACGGAUGCAUGGUCACAAAGCUGUUCCCAACACCACCAAUUCUCAAACCUAG